UCCUCCUUUCUUCCAUCUUUCACACUUCCUACAACAUUGCUUCUUCUUCUUCUUCUUCUUCUUCCUCUCUCCCUUCAUUUCCUUCCACUCAUAUUCUUCUUUCUUACUCUAUAUUCAAUUACUAUCUCUCCUUUUUUCUCACAUUCUUCACAAUUUCUGUGCUUCAUGCUCUUUUUUCAGCAUAGAAAACAAGCCUAGCUUGUAACUAUAACAGAUCUUCAAUAUUUUCUGAAAAAAUAAAAAUUACUAUUUUAAAUGCUACCCUUUUGUUUGUUUUGAUUAAUCCCCAGAAAAAAUUAGCACCCUUUUCUCUUGAUCUUAAAAAGUUUCCAUUUUCAAUGAAAAACUACACGUAUUUGAGAUUCUUAAAAAUUAUACCUUUUUAGGUAAUUUUUAGAUUAGUACUUACAUUUCCAAUUUUGAGACCUUUUGUUUUUAUCAUUGUCACAAUAAUUAAAAAAUUUAAGGUUUUUUUUUUAUUUUUUUUAUUUUUUAUAAUAGGUAAAUGUUAAGUACAUUAGUAUACUUUGUAUGUUAAUUAAGUGGUAUUAGUGAUGCCAGUUUUCAUUUUUAUAUGUAACUGUUUUUCCCAUAAUGCAAAUAAAAGGAAAAACAGCCCUUCAAUACCAAAGGAUUUAGAGGAGAAUGGUACUAACAAUUUGGUUGUGCCAGUGAGUUCAAAGAAACCAAUUAUUGUGGAUUCUAAGGUUACUACUAGUAGUUGUAAUGAAUCAAUUUCUGUGAAUGUGAUUUCUGAGUUACAAAGUAAUCAUGUUGGUCAAUCUAUUUUGGUUGAUUCUGAGGGGCAGAACAAUGAAUGCAACAUCGGUGAGUGUGAGAUCUUUAAGUAUUCUGAACUUGAAAAAGCUACAAACAACUUUGAUUCUAGUAGAGUACUUGGGAGUGGAGGCUAUGGAACAGUUUACUCUGGAACACUUAAAGAUGGGCGUCUUGUUGCAAUAAAGCGCUUGCAUGAAGACAAGUUCAUGAUCUUAAGGUUACAUGACAACAAACUUGAGGAAGAGAGACAAAGAAAGUUCAUCAAUGAAGUUGCAAUGUUAACUCGCUUGAGGCACGAAAAUCUGGUUCACCUGUACGGCUGCACCUCUCCUAAAACACGCGAACUACUUCUUGUGCAAGAAUACAUUCCCAAUGGAACCGUGGCUGAUCGUCUUCACAGAUACACCUUCCCGUGGUCUACUCGACUAAAUGUCGCUGUACAAACCGCUAGUGCACUGGCUUAUCUUCACGCGUCAAAUAUCAUACACCGUGAUGUGAAAACAUGUAAUAUUCUACUUGACAGAAGUUUGAAUGCUAAAGUUGCAGACUUUGGUUUGUCGCGCCUUGUUCCACACGGCGCUACACACAUUUCAACCAAUCCUGCAGGAACUCGAGGUUAUAUCGAUCCAGAAUAUAUUGAACUUGGUCAUCUUUCUGAUAAAAGUGAUGUAUACAGCUUUGGAGUGGUAUUGAUUGAGUUGAUAUCAUCUUUGCCUGCAUUUAGCAAAGAUGAAGAACAACCUUUUCUUUCGGAUUUCGCCAUGGAAAAACUCCUUGGAGGACAACUCGAAAAGGUUGUCGACCCAAAUCUUGGAUUUGGGUCAGACAAGUGGAUAAGUGAAACAAUAAGUGCAGUAUCAGAGCUGGCAUUUGGUUGUCUACAACCUCAAAGAAACAUGAGACCUUCCAUGGCUGAGGUUUUUAAUACUCUUGACAGCAUUAAUAGUGGAAGCUCUCAAAUUUCUCUUAAAUUGAGUUCAAAUCAUUGUUACAAUGCCACCAAAAUUCACAUUGUGUCGCGCUUGCCUGAUGAUUAUUUCGAGAAGAAAUAGCACAAAACUUUGUCCUGGUGGAUUGAAGGUGUGUUCAGUGACUGACAUAUGACAUUGACACGUUUGAUUACAUUUAAUCACUUUCAUUUUUAAAAAUUAUUAUUGGUGUUUAUGUAUCAACGUCAUGUCCGAUAUUUGUGUUUGUCUCAGUGUUUCAUGUAUUUCAUAGCUCAAUGCUCAUAAUAUUUGUGUUUCAUAAUUUCUUUGUUCAUGUAUUUCAUAGCUCUAUGCUCAUGUAUACUGAUUUCAACAUUUGUAUACUGCAAAUACCAAUUAUUAUGUAUGUUUUCAAUUAUUCUAUAGUUAUGUAACAAUUGCUAUUGGUAUAAUCUUAAAUAAAGAAUCAAAUGAUUAUGGUGCUGGAA